AUGAAGUCUACUUCAGGCAACGCCGGUGGAGCCCAGAAGAAGAAGAUGCAUGGCUAUGUGGGGUUCUCCAACUACCCGAACCAGAUCCACAGGCGGUCGGUCAAGAACGGCUUCAACUUCACCCUGAUGGUCGUCGGUGAGUCUGGUAUUGGAAAGUCGACUCUAAUCAACACGCUGUUUGACAGCAAAAUCUUCUCCGACCGCGAGGAGCUGCCGCCGAAUGCCGAUCCCAUCAAGGGCGUCGAUAUCACGUCGAUGAGCGCUGAUAUUCAGGAGAACGGUGUCAAGCUCAGACUCACCGUAGUUGACACACCCGGCUUUGGCGACUCGAUCAAUAACGAGGACGCUUGGCAGCCAAUUCUCGAGAACAUUGAGUCUCGCUUUGACGCGUACCUGGCCCAGGAGAACCGCGUCAACCGGAGCAAGAUCAGCGAUAACCGUAUCGACGCUGUUAUUUACUUUGUCAAGCCCACUGGUCAUUGCCUGCGUGCCAUUGACAUUGAGUUCAUGAAGCGCCUGCAUACCAAAGUUAACCUCAUCCCUAUUGUCGCCAAGGCCGACACCUUGACCGCUAAGGAGUUGGAGCAAUUCAAGACCAAGCUCCUGGCUGACAUCAACUACCAUGGGAUCCAGAUCUUCAAGCCCGUGUCGGAUGAGUUUGACGACGCAGAGACAGUUGCCGACAACCGCAGCAUCCUGAACAAGAUUCCAUUUGCCGUCAUGUUUGUCGAGCGUCCCGACGGAACCUCUGUGCGCGGCCGUAGCUACCCCUGGGGUAUCAUCGAGGUCGAGAGCGAGGAGCACAAUGACUUCAUGAAGCUGCGCCAAAUGCUUCUGCGCACGCACAUGGAGGAGCUCAAGGACUCAACGGAUAUUAAGCUCCUAUCCAUGGGCCAUGUCCAGGACAACGGUGUUUUCCGCGAGUACAACCCGGUUGUGCAGAUCGAGGAGGACAGGCGCGCGCAUGAGGCGAAGAUGAACAAGAUGGAGGGGGAGAUGACCGCUGUGUUCCAGCAGAAGGUGCAGGAAAAAGAGUCCAAGCUUAAGCAGUCCGAGGAGGAACUGUAUGCCCGCCACAAGGAGAUGAAGACGGUGCUGGAAAAGCAGAGAUCAGAGCUGGACGAGAAGAAGAGGAGGGCCGAGGCCACUGUUCGCCCUACUACGCCGAUGGAGCAGCAGACUACUAAGGGCAAGAAGAAGAAUAUCUUCAGCGGUUUCUAA